UCCUUCCAAAACGGCGAGGAGAACACAACUUUUUCCUGGUGCUGACAUGGAUUCAAACAACCUCACUAACUUAAACAGCAAUGUCACGGACUUCAGCAGUGCUUUUAUAAAGACAGCGCUGCCCGUCUUCUACUGCCUGAUCUUCGCUGGGGGACUCAUUCUGAACUGUUUGGCUGCCUUGAUCUUCUUCAGAAUCCCAGCAACCAGCUUUAUCAUUUACCUCAAGAACAUUGUGGUCGCCGACCUUUUGACGACCCUGACAUUUCCGUUCAAGAUUGUGAACGAUUUUGGCUCGGGGGGCUGGCGGAUGAGGGUGAUCGUGUGCCGUUACACGGCUGUCAUUUUCUACAUGAACAUGUAUGUUGGGAUCACCUUCCUGGGGCUGAUCAGUUUGGAACGAUACCUGAAAAUCGUCCGGUCCUCUGGUGCCUCUGUUAUGCAGAAUGUCACCUAUGCUAGAGUGAUCUGUGCAGCAACCUGGUCACUGUUCCUCCUUCUCCUUCCAAACUCAAUACUGACCAGCAAUGAGGCAACUGAAGAGACAUCUCGGCACUGCAUGAAACUCAAAACAGAGCUGGGGGUGCAGUGGCACAAGUUUUCAAGUUAUUUCUGUGUGAGUAUCUUCUGGGCUGUGUUUCUGCUGAUGGGGAUUUGCUACGCCUCAAUAACCAAGAAGAUCUAUGACUCCUACCAAAAGUGCAGGAGAGACAGGACUGAGACCAGGAAAAAGUCCAACCAGAACAUUUUUAGCAUUUUGGCAGUCUUUUUUAUCUGUUUUUUUCCCUAUCAUGUUUGUAGAAUUCCCUAUACCUUAAGUCAGACAAACCAUUCAUUCAGCAGACAGAGCCGGUUUGUGCUGCUUCACCUCAAGGAAAGUGCACAGUUCUUGAUGUCUCUGAAUGUCUGUCUAGACCCCAUCAUUUAUUUCCUGAUGUGUAAGCUGUUCAGAGAAUUACUCAUCAAAAGAUUCUCGAAGAAAGCCCCCGACGUGAGGGGGAGAUCGCUCUCUGUUGUUCCUAGCAUUAGGACAAACUGAGUUGAAGUGGAAGAAA